AUGGAUCACUACAACCUGCAGUACCCUACUUUACCUUGGACUCAUCUUGUAUGGUUCAAGUCAUCCAUUCCUAAGCACUCCUUUACCCUAUGGGUUGCAAUUCAGCAGAAGUUGCCUACUCUGGAUAGAAGGUGUACAGCACACAUUAACUCCACAAUAUGUAUCCUGUGCAAUGCUGAACCUGAAUCUUAUGAUCACUUGUUUUUUAGUUGUUCAUUUGUCCAGCCUCUAUGGAAAUUUCUACAGGCUCGAUGUGGAUUCUAUAUACAGCCUAUUUCCUGGACUCAGCUCAUUGCUUGGGCAUCGUUUCAUUGUAGGGGAAUUUCUGAUCACCACAGCAACACAGUCUCAAAAAUGACAUUGGCUUCUCUUGUCUAUAACAUCUGGAUUGAGAGGAAUAUGAGAAUCUUCAAGAGGAAUGCUCGCAGUGCUAACUCUUUGCUCCACAUCACCUUAGAGGCAAUCCGUUCCAAAAUUCUCUCAUCAACAAUCUCUGACACUUUCAUUGUUAAUAGAGUUGCUACUGAAUGGGAACUCCCAGAGUCAGUGAUUCGACCUGCAAAGAAGCCACCUGAUCCUAGAAGAUGUGUGCUCAGUGCACUGUUGGAGUCUUAUUCCUUAUGCUAA